CUUUCCCAAACAAGCCCUUAACCCUUUGAGCGUUUUGCACAGUGAAGAGACAGACCCGUCCUUAUCUCUGAUUACCACACUAUUUAGCCAAAACCCUCCGACUCAGUGAGAUUGAGGUCUGGUUCAGUGCCACGCAUCGUUUUGUAGUCAUUCUUGGCGACUGAUAAAAGUCACAGUUGGAGCAGAAAGCGACCAUGGACGUUAUGAGCCAGUUGCGGAGGCAGUUGCUUGAACACACUGCUUUUCUGCGUAAAGAGGGAUUUUUGGACGACCAGUUUGAACAACUUCAGAAACUGCAAGAUGAGAACAGCCCAGAUUUUGUGGUUGAGGUUGUGUCGAUUUUCUUUGAGGAUUCUGAGAAGCUCCUCAACAACAUGGCCAAAGCUCUAGAACAAAAAAUUGUGGAUUUCAAACAGGUAGAUGCCCAUGUUCAUCAGUUCAAGGGCAGUAGUGCCAGCAUAGGUGCAAUGAGAGUUAAAAAUGUGUGCAUUGAGUUCAGAAAUUAUUGUGAAGCCCAGAACGUUGAAGAGUGUUUUAGAUGUAUGCAAAAGCUGCAAUAUGAGUACGUGUUACUGAAAAACCAGCUUGAAUAUUUAUUCAGGGUGGAACAACAGAUCCGAGCUGCUGGUGGGUAAUCUUGGUGUCAUCCCUACAGGCAGAAACGAGAAGUGAAGGAUCGAUUUGAUGUUAGAGAUUAUAUUUUUAAUGAGCUUUACAGUAUUGAAAUUAAUCCUCUUAGACUUACUACUGAAGGAUUCCUCUAGAUUUAUGUCUAAAGCUUAUACAUACAAGAGAAAAAUGCUAAUGUGAAUAAACAAUUCUACCAUUUUCUACAGAACAUAUAGUUUGUCUUGAACUUUGGAUGUGAAAAUAUAUGAAUUAAUCCUCGUAGACUUACUAAAUUAA